AUGUUGCACUCACUCUUCCCCUUCCUCACCUUGCUUCUCCUUCCACUUCUGGCUGCCUGCCAAAGCAUUGGAGACAAUGACGGCUACACAGGCUACAAGCUCGAUAUUCGAGAGGAUGGCGACCCGCUUGCCGUGGUAUAUGAGACGGAAAAUACGAACAACAACGUUUCCUCUUCAGUACCGGAACCCGACGUUUAUCUGAAUGCUUCAGUGCACGUCGGCGAAAUCAGCAUCGACGUGCAAAACCUCACAGCGAAGAUCAACCUAGAUGCGCAGGUCCUCCAAUUGCUCCAAUUCAAUGCGGGCGUAGACCUCUCAAUCUCUAGGGUGCGGCUGCUCAUUCAGAACGUCACCGCAAAGGUGGUUCUUGAAGCACGUCUAGCCAAUCUAGUCCUCAUGAUCAACGACACCCUCUCCUCCAUCGACCUCAACCCCAUCAUCGCCGAGCUCGGCAAUGGCCUCGGCACCAUCAUCAACGACACGGGCAACCUAAUCGGCGACGUCACCGGCUCCGACAGCAACGCCAAACGCAGCCUCGACCUCAUGCAGUUCGAGCUCGAAAACAAUAUCCUCUAUUCCGUCCAUGACUUCAGCGGCAACAACAACAAGAACCGCAUUCUCGCGCAGAAUGGCGACAUCGUGGAACAGCAUCUCGACAAUAGCGGUCGCGUUUCGAGCACCACAGUUGUGGGGAACUAUGCAAAGGACAUGCGGUUUAACGGAUUUAACCAGACCGUGACGUACAAGGGCCAGGAGGUCAUUGAGGAGGAGUAUGUGUAUGAGCCGUUUUUGGGCCUCAUGGCUAUUAGCGGUGUGUUUAAGAGUAAGACGACAGGCGCGGUGGUGGGGACGCAGUUGAUUGCUGAGGCGAGGGGUGGCGGAAGCGCGACGAUUGCCGCGAGCGAGGAGUUGAGGGCAUGA